AUGACGUCGCCGAACGCAAAAAACAGUAAAUUGAGUAAAGAGGUUCGAAUCGAUUCGAUCGAUGAAGAGAAGCACCAUUCCAUUCCGCAGACAGUGACAAGCUCGAUAGUCUCGGAAAGAGACGAGGUGCCGUGCAAAGUGGAUAGGAAUUGCCAGUUCGCCGCUUAUUCAGAAUCAUCAAAUCGGGAAUUUUGCGAACAAUUCCUACUGAAAAUAUUGUCGUGCAAAGGGUUUACGAAGCAUGUGACGACGAUGGAAAUCUUGAGGAUCAUUUAUCUUGCCAACAAGCUGUUCACCACUCAAGGUCGAAUGGUUGAGAUUGACGGACCUGUGAGAAUUUGUGGUGACACUCACGGACAAUAUUGUGACCUUAUAAGGCUGUUCGAAAAAGGAGGAUUCCCACCGGAUUCCAAUUAUUUAUUUCUCGGCGAUUAUGUGGAUCGCGGUCGAAAUAGUCUAGAAGUGAUAUUACUAUGUCUUGCUUAUAAGGUACGAUAUCCGAAGAACUUCUUCAUGCUACGUGGCAAUCAUGAAUGUGCUCACAUCAAUUCGAUAUAUGGAUUCAAGGAGGAGAUAAUUAGUAGAAAAGCAGCGCAUUGCGAGGUCAUUUAUGAUGAUUUUACGGAAAUGAUGGAAAUGAUGCCGCUGACUGGACUCGUCGGCCGCAGGAUUUUAUGCAUGCAUGGCGGCCUCAGCAAAUUUUUGACGUGUCUUGACGACUUGCGAGAAGUCGAUGCACCGACGACGGCGCAGACGGACAGCUUGGAGAUGGACCUUUUAUGGGCGGACCCGAUGAGCGGCCAAUCGGGAUUCAAACCGAAUCUUCGCGGGGCGAGCGUGUGCUUCGGCGAGGACGUCGUUCACCAGAUAUGCAAAGAUCUCGACAUUGAUUUGAUUGUUCGAGCGCAUCAAGUGGUGCAGGAUGGCUAUGAGUUUUUUGCAUCACGCAGAUUAGUGACAAUAUUUUCGGCGCCAAAUUAUUGUGGUCAAUUCGACAAUUCGGCCGCAAUAUGCGUCGUUUCUGAAGGCUUAGAAGUCUCCUUCGAAGUUCUGAAGCCCGAAACGAUUAAUGUCGCUGAAAAGAGCCAAUACAGAGACGAGCAAAAAACGCAGCCAGCUUCGGCAACAUAA